AUGGCCUUCUUCCUCCUCCUCCUGUGCAUCCUCAUUUCUGUGGCCAUCGUGUCCUACGCCCACCACGUAAUCCGGCGGCAACGCCGGGGCCCGCAGGGCAGCGCUCGUGGCCGCCAUGAGAAAGCCGCCCUCAAGCUGCCCCCUGGCUCCAUGGGCCUGCCUUACAUCGGCGAGACCCUCCAGCUCUACUCCCAGGACCCCAGCGUCUUCCUCUCCUCCAAGCAGAAGCGGUACGGCGAGAUCUUCAAGACGCACCUCCUCGGCUGCCCGUGCGUGAUGCUGGCGAGCCCGGAGGCGGCGCGCUUCGACGCCGUGCGGUCCACGCUCGCGGCCUGGGCGGACGGCGACGCCGCCAGCACUUUCCACGCCAUGAAGAGGCUCUCGUUCGACGUCGGCAUCGUGACGAUCUUCGGCGGGCGGCUGGACGAGCGGCGGAAGGAGGAGCUGAGGCGGAACUACGCCGUCGUGGAGAAAGGCUACAACUCCUUCCCCAACGGCUUCCCCGGGACGCUAUACUACAAGGCGAUCCAGGCGAGGCGGCGGCUGAACGGCGUGCUGAGCGACAUCCUGCACGAGCGGAGGGAGCGUGGGGAGCCCGGCGACGACCUGCUCGGCUGCCUCAUGCGGUCACGGGCAGGCGGCGGCGACGACGACGACGAGGAGGAGGGCGCGCUGCUGACGGACGAGCAGGUCGCCGACAACGUCAUCGGCGUGCUGUUCGCGGCGCAGGACACGACGGCCAGCGUGCUCACCUGGAUCGUCAAGUACCUCCACGACCGGCCGAAGCUGCUGGAGGCCGUCCGCGCGGAGCACGCGGCGAUCCACGAGGCCAACGACGGCGGGAGGCGGCCGCUGACAUGGGCGCAGACGAGGAGCAUGACGCUGACGCACAGGGUGAUUUUGGAGAGCCUGAGGAUGGCGAGCAUCAUCUCCUUCACGUUCAGGGAGGCCGUGGCCGACGUGGAGUACAAAGGGUUUCUUAUCCCCAAGGGGUGGAAGGUGAUGCCGCUAUUCAGGAACAUCCAUCACAGCCCGGACUACUUCCAGGAUCCACAGAAGUUCGACCCUUCGAGAUUCAAGGUGGCGCCGCGGCCGAGCACCUUCACGCCGUUCGGGAGCGGGGUGCACGCGUGCCCCGGGAACGAGCUGGCCAAGCUCGAGAUGCUGGUGCUCAUCCACCACCUCGUCACCGGCUACAGGUGGGAGGUUGUUGGAUCGAGCGACGACGUCGAGUACAGCCCAUUCCCUGUUCCCCGCCAUGGCCUACUCGCCAGGUUACGGCGGGAUGACAGCGUCUGCGUGGGUAGGAAGGGGUGCCCGACUGAUGACGACUACGACGACGAAGACGAAGUGAUAGUGUGA